AUGUCCUCUCUCCUUAAGACAUCCAUACCGUGGACAAAAGGCUACUUCGCGUUCCCUCCACCCGCUUCCGAUAGUCGUACGCAUUUCGCGUCUGCGACCAACCAACUCAUAGCGGAGGAACCACGCGUACUUCAAGAACAUCUAGAACGGGCCAAGCUUGUUGCAGAAGCUACAUGGAAAGAAGAAGCUUGGCAAGAGCGCUGUCGCCGCGACGCGCAACGGCGCACGGAACGCCUUGAACGAGAGCGCACUGAAGCACUGGUUGGCGAGAUGGCUUGGGUACGAGCGGGCGGUUCUCUUCGUGACGCGCUCGGACGUCGGGAUGUGGUGCGUACAGAGCAACUGCGCGCAGAGAUCCGCCUGCUGGAUGAGGAACAACGGCUUAUGACGCGGUGGAACGCGUACGAGACGCGCUGGCGUACACUCAUUGCAGCGACUACACCUAUCUCAUUUGCAGAUAUACCAUGGCCAGUGAUUCAUUCACCGCACUCGAUGGAUGAGCUUCAUUCAGGUGCCGUUGAAGAGUUUCUACUAGCUCCCCUCCGCGUGCGUGGAAAUACUAUCACCAAACGUGAACGGAUUAGGGCGUCGAUCCUCAGAUGGCAUCCGGACAAGUUGUCCGUUCUGUUGCAGAGGGUGGUGCAGGAGGAUGCAGAUGUGGUACGAGAGGGGGUCAACGCUGUCUUUCGAUAUCUCAAGGCGCUGCAAGAUUCUAUCGGGAAAAACUAA